UGUCCCACCAACUGGGGCGAUGCAGGUCCUGAGAGUGCAUCUGGACAGGUAUUUGCCCGGUGGAAAGCCUCACUGGAGUGGAGCGGGAAAGCUCUCGCAGUGUGGAUUCACCCAGUGGCUGAACACUGAGAAGGAAUGGGUACUUGGAACGGCCAGACAACAGAAACAUGAACGUUCUCCUGGGAAGGCUUGUGAUCUUCGCAACCUUUGUGACUUUAUGCAAUGCAUCAUGCUAUUUAAUACCCAAUAAAAUAGUUCCAGGAGAGUCAACCAAGGAAUGCACAGAUCUCAAAGGAAACAAACACCCGUUAAACUCAAGCUGGCAGACUGAGAACUGUGAUGCAUGUGAUUGCCUGGAAAAAGAAAUAUCAUGUUGCUCCCUUAUUGCUAUACCUGUGGGUUUUGACAAAGACAACUGCCAGAAAAUCUUCAAGCAAGAGGAGUGCAAGUAUAUUGUGGUGGAGAAGAAAGACCCAAAUAAGACCUGUGAUGUCAGUGAAUGGAUAUCGUAAUGUGCUUCUAGUAGGCACAGGGCUCCCAGGCCAGGCCUCAUUCUCCUCUGGCCUCUAAUAAUCUAUGAUGGUGUAGCCCUGCCUAUCAGUAAAAGAUUUUUGAGCAAACACUUGAA